GUUCGAAGCUAGCUGGCGUCCGCCGGGUCAUCUGCCUGAGCCGGGACUGAUCAUCACUUUACUCACUUACAUGGCGCAUUUGGGCGUCUUGACUUGUGUGUGCGUGUACUCCUCUGAACAGGGAAAAAAGCUGUCCGAGGUCGCAGAUAAAUGCUUCCAGCUGGGAGAAACCAAAUGGAAACGAGAGGAAUGGACCACGAUGUACGUUCGUCGUAGACGAGAGGAAACGAAUUGUUUCACUGUAGCCGGUGUAAGCGUUACUCGCGAAAGCGCUUUCCAGGCAACUGCGGCAAGUGCAUUGUUGGUCUUUGCGGAAUUGGCUAGCGGGAAAACCAGCGCGGAUUCUGGAACGGGUUCACCUGUGAACGUUACCCAUGCUCGGUAAAUUUUACAAGCUUGGUAUAUUAC